CUAAAAGCAUCGAUAAUUGAGUUUGCCAGUGUUGGAAGUAUUGGAACUCCCUUCGUUAUUAAAAUUUGCUCCCCAAAAUCCAAUUUAAGUAGGUAAGUAAAUAUUCUUUAUUGCACCAAUAAUUACACAUUUUACAUACUUGUAAAACUACAAAUAAAUUUUAAAGGAAAAUAGAACAACAGGCGGUCUUAUCGCUAAAAAGCGAUAUCUACAGUUAUAUUAUUGCAAUAUCCAGUCUGUUAUUUUUUGGUCUGGUGUUGGCAACUGACCGCGUGUCAUAAGAUAAGACGGCCGUAAUAAAGUCACAGACGAUUAAGUAACCCGAUUUUCACACCAAUAAGGACCACGUUUUCGGUGAGGCACCUGCAAUCUGCUGUUAUUUGUAAAACUUCAGUUUUGUAUCUUUCUAACAAACACAAAAAUCAACAUUACGUUGAUAUGGGCAGAACCGAUUAUCAACGGCUUAUUUUAUUAGUUCAUUUGACAAACGUUCAUGAAUUGCGUGCGUCGUUGAGGCUUUUUGUUCGUUAAAUCACAUUUAUAAUUAUAAUCGUGUCUAUAUCGAAUAUAUUAUGUAUAUAACCUUUAUUUAUGUGUAGUGUGUGGUUUGAAAAUGUGAUGUCUAACCCCAAACUUUUUCAUAGACUUUUCGUCGGUUAGUUACACAAAUCUCUGUUAGACAUUUUGCUGGGACAUCACUGACAUCAGUUAGCCGCGACCAUGCCUAGUGAAACCUGUGUCGAAACGUCGGUAAAUAAAGCUCGCACUAAGAUAUCAGAAAUUCUCGGCCUCGACUACGACACCGGCACGGACUUGGGCUCCGUCCCUGAAAGGGAAUGGCGUCUGCUGGCCGCCCUCGCGAAGAAGAGGAAAGAUGAAGACGAUAGAGAGAGACUGGCUGAUCAGUUCCAUAGGAUGUGGCUGCAGGAGAAAGAGGGACGGGAGAUGAUGGAAGCCCAAACCUCCCUGCAAUACAAGCGUUUCAUCAACCGCAAGCGUGAAGACGAGCGCCUCUGGCACGAACACCGCCGAACGCUGAAGAACCUCGAGCACCAUAUGCAGAAAGACCAGCUGCAGAACACCAUCAGGUGGAAAGAGCGGAAGGCUGAGGAGCUACUGGCUUGGAGGGAAGACAAGAAGACAUCGGAACUGGUCAAUAGGGUGCUAGAAGAUGAAGCCCGCGCAUUUCUAGCAGCGGAACGAAGGUCACGCCAAGAAUCGGCCGAUGAGUGGAGAAGACUGGUCGAAGUGGAGGAGACUAAGAGGAGAGCUGAUCAUGCGGAUAAGAGGAGAAACGAGAUUCUUCGGGAUUCAUCUAGGCGUAUAGCAAUAGUCAGCGCCCUAAACACCUGGGAAAGCUCACUGCUCCGCGAAGAGCUAGCCGCCUCGGACGCGGCCAGACGCGCCCAAUACGCCAUGCUGGCGACACUGGCGUCUGCGCGAGGGGAGAGAGUGACGCGGGCGAGGGACCUGAAGAGGAGGCGCGCGAGGGCUGUCGCCGCGAGGUGCGAGAUGUGGAGGGACGCGGUUAGGCGAGGGAGUUACUAGUUAUUGUUGUAUUUUUAAACGGAUGAUUGUUUAGAAAUAUAUAUAUUACAUAAGUUAAUAUUCUCCUAUGGCCGAUCUCUGAUAGUAAUUUGAAUUUAGUACCUUUUUCUACUGACAAGUGUUAUGACAUAAACUGUACAACGCGUCCAUAUGGACCAUGCGCGUUGGAGGGUCAGCCAUCUUGUGGCCUGAAUCGGAACUAUAAACAUGUACAUUUACACGUCACGUGCUUUCUUGUGCAUAGUGAGUGCUGCCAUCUUGUGGGCUAAAUUGGAACAAUAAACAUCACAUUUACGCCUCGCGCCAAAAAUCUGACGGCUCCUGUGCUGCCUCCUAUGGUUCAUGCACGCUCCCCAUUAAAUAAAUCCAUACGCUAUGCUGGUGACACUGACGUCUGUUGAUACCCAGUUUAUAUAGCGAUAUUGUUAGUUUGUGCAAAUUAAGAUGCUCGAUCGAGGCGUCCAUGUUAAACAAAUCCUAAUAUGUGCGCUUUAGUGCACGCUACUCAAAUCCAACAAGCGUACAAAUUUCUUGAUUAUUAUUUAUCGAGACUAGGCAGGAACAUACUUCAGGUAAAUGUUUUUUUAAGUACGUUCCUGCCUACCUGCGUCAAUAUGUAAGUAAAAGAUCGGCCAUGAUGUAAAGGUUUCGAGGGAUUUACAUACAUACAUGUGUCGAGACCUCUCUGUUUGGUGUAAAAUUAAGUUUUAGACGGUUGAUUUUUUAGAUAAAUUUAGAAAAUAAUUAUACUUUAUUGAGCUUACCAUAACUAACUACUCAAUGUAAAUCGUAUAGGAAAUUUUAAAUCGAGGUGUGCUGUGUUGUAUGUAAUAUAAAAUAUAGCGAGAUACUUACCAUUAGUGGUUAAAAUAAAUUAUUGUAACGACAUUUAAUUCUUUUUUUAAUUUUAUUUUGUCAUUAGCUUAAGUAAAAAUAUCACUAAAUAAACCUUAAAUACAA